GAACAACCAAUUGUUUACCUGUCCAGUUGAAUUGGCAAAUAUUAUUAAUAUGAUUGACGUGCCUUGUUUUGUUGUGUGGUGUGGAGUGGAUGCACCUCUGCAUGCAUAUAUUCGUUGCUUUGCUUUGUUUUUUGUUGACCGAGUAAAAAGUACUAGUUUUGCAUAUACCAUUGGCAGAAAUGGAAAUGGACUCUCAUAUGCAGAAAGUUUUGCCUACAGAAGAAGAAGAUUAUGAUAGAGCAAAAGAGCUGAAGGCCUUUGAUGACACAAAAGCCGGUGUUAAGGGACUUGUUGAUGCUGGUGUAGUUACAAUUCCUCGAAUUUUUUGCUUGCCGCCUGAAGAUAUACUGUCUGCAAAGUUGGAUGAUCAUCAUGUAGAUAGUUUUCAGAUUCCCAUCAUAGAUCUAAAAGAUAUAAAAUCAGAUCCUGAUGCACACACAGAAAUUGUUGAAAAGAUCAAAUAUGCAUCAGAGAAAUGGGGGUUCUUCCAGCUUAUAAACCACAGCAUCCCGCAAGACGUCAUGAACAAGGUCCUUGCAGGUGUUCAUAGAUUCCAUGAGCAACCCAAUGACGUGAAGAUGGGAUUCUACUCACGUGAGAAUGAGAAGAAGGUGAGAUUUACUAGCAACUAUGAUUUGUACCAGUCAAAAGCUGCUAGUUGGAGGGACACUUUGGUUUGUGUCAUGGCUCCAAAUCCUCCACCUCCAGAGGAGUAUCCCUUUGCUUGCAGAGAAAUACUGAUGGAGUACUCAAAGCAUGUUCAGAACAUAAGCCAAAUUCUUUUUGGUUUGCUGUCCGAGGCCCUUGGUCUCAACCCUUCUCACCUCACAGAUAUGGGGUGUAUGGAAGGGCAUGCCCUUUUUUGUCAGUACUAUCCGGCUUGCCCUGAACCUGACCGGACUCUAGGACAUGCCAAACACUGUGAUCCUGACUUUCUCACAGUCCUUUUACAAGAUCAAAUUGGAGGUCUCCAAGUUCUUCACCAAGAUCACUGGAUUGAUGUCCCACCACUGGAAGGAGCUCUAAUAGUUAAUAUUGGCGACCUCUUACAGCUGAUCUCCAACGACAAGUUCAGGAGCGUUCAGCACAGAGUUUUGGCUAAUCGUGCAGGCCCAAGAGUAUCAGUGGUCUGCUUAUUCAGUACAACUCAUUUUCAACCAUCGAACAAGUUUUGCGGCCCCAUAAAGGAAUUGUUAUCAGCAAGUAAUCCACCUUUGUACAAGGAAACCUUGAUAAAGGAUUUUCUAAACUUCCACUGCUCCUUGGGAGUACUCAACAAUCAUGAUUGUGCACUUGCUUUUUUGAGAUUGUAA